GCAAGAAGCUCUUCUGGCUGCUAUCAGCGAAAAGGAUGCUAACAUAGCUCUUCUGGAGCUUUCAUCCUCAAAGAAAAAGACUCAAGAAGAAGUGGCUGCACUGAAACGGGAGAAGGACCGCCUGGUACAACAGCUCAAACAGCAGACACAAAAUCGAAUGAAACUGAUGGCUGACAACUAUGAGGAUGAUCACUUCAGAUCCUCCCGUUCCAAUCAGACGAACCAUAAACCCUCCCCAGACCAGAUCAUCCAGCCCCUCUUAGAACUUGACCAAAAUAGAAGCAAGUUAAAGUUGUAUAUUGGACACCUGACAGCCCUCUGCCAUGACCGAGACCCCUUAAUCCUCCGUGGACUCACUCCACCAGCUUCUUAUAAUGCAGAUGGUGAACAGGCAGCUUGGGAGAAUGAGCUGCAGAAGAUGACUCAGGAGCAGCUUCAGAAUGAGUUGGAGAGAGUUGAAGGGGACAACGCCGAGCUGCAGGAGUUCGCCAACACCAUUCUCCAGCAGAUAGCUGAUCACUGCCCUGACAUCCUCGAACAAGUGGUCAAUGCCCUGGAAGAGUCCUCCUGACAUGCUCCAAGGAAGGUGACCAAGCAGAGGAGAACCUGAGGAACGGGUGUCUGAGCCGCCUCCACACCAGACCCUGCCAGCUGGACAUGUCAGCCCAGCCAUUGUGUCUGUCAUCGUACUCUGCCUUCCGCUUUGAAUGUUGCCUGCACCAAUCUCCUGGGUCUCCAUGAAGAACUGCCCUCAGCAUCAGCAGUGGAGAGCUGGGAGCUGCACUCAGCCCUUCCAGGAACAGGAAGCCGGAAGCCAGUCAGCUCAUCUGGAGCCCACUCACAGUCUGUGCUUUGGGAGCCUGAAGCUGAAGCAUUAGCAUGAGUGCUUUCUCCUGGGGGGAAGAGGUGACCAGGGACAAAGAGAAGAGUGAGUGCUCCUUUCC